UACACGCCCACUCCUGCGCUAGUGCAGGGACAAGCCGGCGAAGGGGUGAGGAAAACCCCAGACGAUGAGGCAUUCCUUAGUGAUUGCAGCGAAUAUCCUAAGUGGGGUUUGAACGGAGUCAUCUACAUGAUCAAAGACGCUACAGCGGCAACGAAAAACGCUAACAUAGCAAUCAUGCAAUUCAAAUACAGACGAAUUUAAGCAACCAACCGUUCUUCAAGGACACAUCGCCUGAACAGGGACCGCAUCCUUCUUGUCUGAGACCAGCUGGUUGAAGCGUCGUCAUCCGUCACGAAAAUGUCCGUGGAAGAUCAGGGCUACCCCGACCCGUUGGUGUUGCUCAAGGCCGGUCCGGAAUGGAUGCGGGCCGAGAUUCAACGUCUGGCCCGGGAACUGGGCGAAACCACCAACGAGAAGAUCCAGGCAGCUGAGUAUGGGUUGGCGGUACUGGAGGAGAAACAGCAGCUCAAACAGCAGUACGACGAGCUGGAGAUAGAGUUUGAAGGUGUAAGGCAGGAGCUCGACCUACUGAAAGAGGCAUUUGGACAAGCCUACUCCAACCAUCGGAAAGUGGCAGCGGAUGGGGAGAGCCGAGAGGAAUCCCUUAUUCAGGAGUCGGCCUGUAAGGAGGCAUACUAUGAGCAGAGGGUCCUUGAACUGCAGAAUGAGCUUCGCCAAACUCGCAACAUUCUCACUAACACCCAGUCUGAGAAUGAACGCCUGAGCACGAUCUCCCAAGAAAUAAGAGAGAACAGUCAGAUGGUGGAGCUCCAGAGGAAUCAGUUGCGUGAUGACAUCAAGGAGUACAAGUUCCGGGAGGCUCGUCUGCUUCAGGAUUACACCGAGCUGGAGGAGGAAAACAUCUCUCUGCAGAAGCAGGUCUCAGGGCUCAAGCAGAGCCAGGUUGAGUUUGAGGGUUUGAAGCAUGAAAUCCGUCGUCUGGAGGAGGAUAUGCAGUUCCUGAACAGCCAACUUGAGGAUGCCAUCCGCCUAAAAGAGAUUGCAGAGCGACAGCUGGGUGAAGCACUUGAGACCAUCAAGACUGAGCGUGAGCUGAAAGCCUCUCUGAGGAAGGAGCUCUCCCACUACAUGAACAUUGGGGACUCAAUUUACAACACUCCUCUAAGUAUCUCUCUGGACGGCCUCAAAUUCUGCGAUGACGGUACCACCGAGCCCAACAAUGACGAUGCUCUUCACAGCUCCGAGAAUGGCUUCAGCAAGCUGCUCAACGAUGACAACCGUAUAUCCAAAGAGGAGGAGCUAUUCCAGCCGGCACCAAGUCUUGUGGAUGAUAUACUGAGUGAGCUUAACAUCUCUGAGAUCCAGAAGCUUAAGCAGCAACUGAUACAGAUGGAGCGCGAGAAGGUGAACCUGCUUUCCACUCUGCAGGACUCCCAGAAACAACUCGAACAGGCCAAUGGUGCUCUGUCAGAGCAUCAGGAGAAGGUGAAUCGUCUGACAGAGAACCUAAAUGCCAUCCGCAAGCUUCAGGCCAGCAAGGAGCGCCAGUCUGCCCUGGAUAAUGAGAAAGAACGUGAUAGCAAUGAAGACGGAGACUACUAUGAGGUGGACAUUAAUGGGCCAGAGAUCUUGGAGUGCAAGUACAAGGUUGCUGUGUCAGAAGCUGGAGAACUAAAGGAGGAACUCAAGACUUUAAAGGCAGAGUACCAGGCGUGUCAGUCCCGCUAUGAAGAGGAGCGCACCAGGCUGGAGAAUGAUGUCACUACACUCGGAGAGAAGCUUUCCACUCUGGAGAAAACAAGAGGUUUAGAGAAAGAUGAGAAGGACAAAAUGGAGAAGGAGCUACAGAAGUUGAGUGACGUGGCUGGCGAAUCUCAGGGCAGUUUGAAUGUGGCUCAAGAUGAGCUGGUUACGUUCAGCGAAGAACUGGCAACCCUCUACAACCAUGUAUGCAUGUGCAACAAUGAGACUCCCAACCGCGUUAUGCUCGACUUCUACAAAGAGGGCAAGGCAGGGCGCAACAGCCCCGAAGGUCGGGGCCGCCGUUCCCCCAUCCUACUUACCAAGGGCCUCUUCCCGGAGCCUCUUAAGACCGAGGCCAGCGAUGGUGCUCCAUCUCCGGGCUCUUCCCUGCCUUCUCCUGUCUCUGAGCAACGUCGUGAGCCCAUGAACAUCUACAAUCUGGUGGCCAUUAUAAGGGACCAAAUCAAGCACUUGCAGUUGGCUGUUGACCGCACCACAGAGCUGUCUCGCCAGAGGGUGGCAUCUCUGGAACUUGGCACCGUAGCAGAUAAGGAUAAGGAGGCCUGCAUGGAGGAGAUCCUUAAACUGAAAUCCCUCCUCAGCACAAAGAGAGAACAGAUUGCUACACUGAGGACUGUUCUGAAGGCUAACAAGCAGACAGCUGAAGUUGCUCUUGCAAACCUAAAGAGCAAGUAUGAAAAUGAGAAGGCAAUGGUAACUGAGACCAUGAUGAAAUUGAGGAAUGAGCUCAAAACCCUAAAGGAGGAUGCCGCCACCUUUUCCUCCCUCCGUGCUAUGUUUGCCACACGGUGUGACGAGUACGUCACUCAGUUGGAGGCCAUGCAGAGGCAGCUAGCUGCAGCAGAGGAUGAAAAGAAGACCCUCAACUCUCUGCUGAGGAUGGCUAUCCAGCAGAAGCUGGCCCUGACGCAACGCCUGGAGGACCUUGAGUUCCACCACGAGCAGACGCGCCGCACCGGCGUGCGAUCCAAGACCCGUGGCAAAGCCUCUGCAAGCGCUGCCGGCAACCCUAACAUAUGUCAGGGUCCCACCUGCUCCAGCUCUGGCCAAGUCGAGCACAGCAACGCCAUGCCCAGCGGCCUUCUGGGAGGCCCUGCGGUCUUCUGCAGCGAGAAAUGCAAGAUCUACUGCGACUGAAGCGGCUUCCGAGUCCAGGGACUGCUGUGUACAGAGGGGAGGGAGGCCCAAGUUGCCAGACCCUCCCUGCCAUAGUGUUAAAGAGCCCCACUCGCUCGCUUUGCUCCCUAGUCGGCAUGUGCUCCUCUAGGGACUGCUGUGUGACUAACCAUCUGCUUGUGUGUGCUAGUAUAAAGGCUUGGUGAUGCACAAGUGUACAGUGUGCACUCGACAUUUGGACUGUGGUAGACAAAUGCGGCAUGUGGAUUGUUUGGUCCCGAUUAUGUUCAGGGGACUUUGUGGUUAUACUGCAGCGUCUAUUCCUUCCAUAGUCUUUGUGCUGUACAUAUGAAGUACAAGGUGGUGUUUGUGGUUUUGCUUCAAUCUUCCGCCUCUUGAGUGUGUUACCCAGCAACAGGAACACACAGUGGAGAAGCGUUGAAGACAGUGAUGUCCAAAGAUGACAUCUGGUGGCACGGGUGCUCCUUCUAAAACAAAAGCUCCACUGUUAAAUGUUUACAAGAUUGAACAAAAAUAUGCAAUCUCACCCUGCAUUCCGACCAGGGGAUUGUUGUUUGAAUCGACACGUGAAAAUCCAAAUCUCGUUAUGACGGGCAGUAAAAGGAGCACCUGUGACCACUGCUAUUUAUUAUUUCAGGAUUGAGUUCAAGUUAAAGCUGUGAUGCUAGUGCAGCAAUACAGGCUCAGUAGAAACGCAUGGCUUUGCAGUUGAAUGAGCUUUUUUAAGUGCUUUUUCUGUUGUUGAGGUACAUGAUCGACUCGUGUACUACUUAGGGAGGAGGUAAUUGUGCUGAAAUGUAGGCGGUCUUUCUCCAGAGCCAUAUGAGGAGGGAGACAGGAUAUUUGACAAAUCGAUCUCCAAACUUCAAAUAAGUGCGCUUCAGCAUAUGGGGCGCCGUUUGUAAAGCAGCACAUGCCGAAAAUUAGGACAACAUUUUCUCACAUUUAGCGCCACGCAGUGGUAAAAAUGUGGUGUGAAAUGUUUGCAGUCACUUUUUUUGCACAUUUACAACAUUAUUUUAGAGCUGCAGCUAUCGAUUACUUUAGUAGUCGAUUAAUCGAUGAACUAGUUCGUCCGAUUAAUCGAGUAAUCAGAUAAGAAUAUGAAAAAUUAAAAUAUUUGAGCUGAGCCUCAAACGGUAUCAAAAAAAAAAAAGAGGCUAUAUGUACAACAAAAGAACAAUUGGCGAAUUUACAUAGCAAGAGUCCGCUAGCUUAAACGCUAUAAAACGCUAACAUUUUUUUUUACUAUGCUCUGUACAAAUGGUUCAGACACAUAUUCCCAUAAAAAAAACAGCUAAAUAUACCAAUAAACUAAAUUAUGAAUGCAUAAAAAAACAUUAGCUCAAACAAGAACUUAUAUUGGUCUUAACAGGGAGCAGUUGGAUUCAGCCAUGUGAAAUGAGGCAGACCAGAGGGCAGUGUAUCCACCCAAAUCAAUAAAACUAAAUGCAAAUACUUUCAAAAUUACAACGCCACUUUAAUUAAACGAAUACUCGAAGCAAUAAAAUUUAUUUUGAAUAUUUUUUUUCUAAUCGAAUACUCGAGUUAAUCGAUUAAUCGUUGCAGCACUACAAUAUUUAGCAACUUAAAUAUUUAUUUCUAAAUAAUAAUUAUUGGACUUGAAUGUUUAAAUCCAGAACUAAAUAUUUAUUUAAAUCUUAAAUUUAUAUUCUAUAUAUAUAGUUUAAAUUUAUAUCCUAAAUAUACAUGUGUAUCCGAAAUAUAUAUCCUAAAUCUGAAUUUUAUCCUAAAUCCUAAAUGUAUAUGUUAUAUCUAAAUAGUAUAUUUAAAUCUUGAAUCUGGAAACAGUUGAAACUAAAUAUUUAGUGCAAAUUUACAUGACUGGAAACCAGAAGUAACGGGAUUUUUGCAGAUGAAGCUAGAAAAGUCAACCUUGCUCUCCAGUCCAGUCCAACAGAGACCCCUCGUGGCUAUUCUUAGUAACUUUACAGGGCUCGUGCGUAAAAGUGACACUAAAAGCACAAAAUACUCCUUAAAUGGUUUCUCCUGAAUGUGUAUUUUACCUAAAUAUUGUUAUUAUCACAAUAAAUCAUGUCCAAGAGCCGACUGCCACCGUUGAGUAGGUUUUCAAGCAACGGAAACAGUCUGAGCUGCUCCAGCUUUUAUUUUGUUACUUCCGGUCUCCAGUCAUGUGAAUUUGCAUAUUACGCCAAAUAUUUUGUUUCAACAUUUAGGAUUUAAUAUAAACUUCAGAUUUAGGAUAUAUAUUUCGGAUACAAAUUUCAUAUAUAUAAGAUAUAAAUUUUAUUAUAUAUAUAGAAUAUAAAUUUAAGAUUUACAUUUAAGAUUUAAAUAAAUAUUUAGUUCUGGAUUUAAACAUUCAAGUCCAAUACUUAUUAUUUAAAAAUUAAGUUGCUAAAUAAUGUUGUAAAUGUGCAUUUUAAAAAAUGACUGCAAACAUUUCACACCACAUUUUUAACUGUGUGGCGCUAAAUGUGAGAAAAUGUCGUCGUAAUUUUCGGCAUGUGCUGCUUUACAAACGACGCCCCAUAUCAGCAUACUGUAGGUGCCUCAGGUUCAACCUUCUGGCAAAAAUCAAUUUUUUUCAAUUACUGUGAACAGAGCUACGGUAUAGUUUUGAACAAGAUGGUUAUUUUAAAUCAUAAAAGAGCACAAAUUGGAUGAUAAUCCUCGAAACAGACAAACUACACGGCAAAAGUGCCUGACAAAGCAAACACUUGAUAUCAUGUUCUUUGGUGACAUGAAGCCCUGACUGUGUCCUACUCUCCCUUACUCUGUCUGUGCUUCUCAUGUCUCCAAUUCGCCAUGAGUAUUGGAUUGCCAGCAUCCUUCCUGAUGUCAACCUUAACAUACAAAUGUGGAUUUGUUUAAGGGGACAUCUUGUGUUAAACCCUCUCGUGUAUGUGUGCAGAUGGAACCUCAUGCUCCUUUUUUACUUUGGUGUGCGAAGAAGCAAAGUAAUGUCUUAGUAGCCACAAUAGCUUUAACCACUUCCUGAACUUAUGUUACGCAAAUAGUAGUACAAAAAAAAAAAAAAUGAGUGGGGCUUGUGUUUUUAUACGCAACGGAUCAUAGAAAUAUUAAUCUAAUGAUUCUAAAAGCAGGGUUGAUGCGAGGGGUUCCUGCAAGAUUGAACAAAUUUUUGCAAUUUUUUUAUAUGAAAUUCUAUAUUCUUAACAUGAUCUUGUUCAGGUAAAUGAUCUUGCAGGUUCCUGCUUUAGUAUUUUUUCCCCUCUCGAAAGGGAAGAGUGUCAGACAAUAGCAUCGCGUCAACCCUGCUUGAGUGAGCACUAGUAAAGUGACCGCUCACAACUUGGAGACAGAGGCAGCCUCCUUGGAUGUCAACUCACGCUUCUGUUGAUUAGUCACCUAAUUCACAUAUUUGACAGUGACUGAGCAAAGUGGUGGACAGUUGUUGUCUUGACUACGAGAGGAAAUGGGGCGAUGGGGUUUUCCUCGAGGGAGAAACUGAGGAUUGGUUGUUCAACCAAAAGAAUUAGAUUAGCUUAGUCACCAGUUCUUCAUUUAAAGGCUCACUAAAUGCUGAACAUUAACUAGACCCAUGAUGUGGUCUUCACUUUAAUUCAUACCUGCCUAAAUCUACGUCCAAUUUACAUGGUGUUAUGUUAACAUGUCACCUGAUCGGCUCCUCCUACCUCCUACCACUUCAUCUUAAUGUUUUCUACACAUGACACUACAUAUUUAACAUCCUGCAUGUUAUAAGCAUUACUUAUGAAUUUGUGUCUCCUCUGGUCUGGGCUGCUGGUUGUGAGCAGAGAGGAGUUUUUUUGUUUUUGUUUUUGUUUUUUUGUCCAUUUUUUAUUUUAGUUUUUAAUAUGUGCACUUUCAUAAUAUAGAAUCGACUAUGAUUAACCUUUAGGAAAGCGUGGUAGUACUAUGGUUUGUGAGAUAUUCAGUAUAGAAUAUUAUGAAUACAGGUUAUUAAUAUGUGUGACCAACAAAUUAUUCAACUAAAGUUUACUUUACAAACCACAGAGCUACAAUUUUUGCCUAAUCCUAAAGGAAUGAUACAUUAAUUACUCAUUCUUUAUGUUACAUCAUAUGUUGUGCUGUUUAUUUAUCUGUUAUGUUCGUUCUACUGCCAUAUUCGCUACAAAAAUCCAGGGUGAUCUAAUUCUGGGGUUUUUCGUGUAUUUAUUAUUCCUAGGAAUAGUUCAAAAUAACUCAAUGAAACUUGACUACGCUCUCGCUUGAAUCGGUAAGUUGUAACUUGGGAAAAUUUGAGUGAUACGACUUUUCCAAGCUUCUUACCGAGGGGGCGUUCCACUGAAACCGGAUCACUGGCCUUCAGAAUUCUCUACGAUUGCGACCAUUAAAUUCCAAAUUGGAAUUGCUUCAUUCUCUCUUGGUUUAUCGUGCCAAAUCUUGGUACACCAUUUAAGGUCUGACAGACAAGCACCAACUGCAAAAAGGUGUCAUUGGGCUUGGGAUCUUUUUGCUUUGUUUAGUUCUUUGUUACUGACCAGUAGUGCCUUUCAUUGUUUCAAGGGAGAAUUAUAUAGAUUAGGGUUUUACGUUUCUUGUCAGUCUCCGGGUGAGGGUUUGGGACUCAAAAUGACAAUGAGGAGCAAUAAGCGCAAAGGGAAUUGUACCCCCUUUCUGCAUGACUGAAAAAAAAAUAGUUUUAGAAUUAGCUCGAUAGAUGCAAGAUUGUAUUGAAUUUUGCGAGUCAGUGAUCCUAUUGUUAAAUUCAGGGGUAUUAACAAAAAUGUUUUGUUUUGAAAUCAAACUUUGAGAACCAAAAGUCCCUUUGGCCUCCUGUUGUUGAACAAAUGGCUCCAAGCAUCUUUAAUGUGUUUGUGUAGCUGAGUGUAUUGGAAACUACAAGCUUUGUGAGGUGAGGUGUCAUGGGGUAUCAAUAGUAUUAUUGGGAAAAAAUGUGCAGAGGGCGCAUUUUAUCUUAAGUUUGUCUUUUUUUUUUUUUUUCAUUGGUGAGUCUUUUUCUACAUUGUCUUCAAGCAAUUUGUUUUCAGGAAACAGAAAACGAAAUCCGCGUCAACAAGCGUUAAGAGUGCCAUGAUAGCCAUUGCUCGUUUGUUGAUGCCUCAAAGUUAACAAUAUUGAAAUGAUACUAACAAGAAAAGAAAAAAAAGUGCAAUUCUGAUACUGUUUAAGAGUAAAAAGUCAAGUUUUCUGUUUGCUGGAAGCGACAGCAUUGUAAUAAUUACACUAGCUGUGCAAACUUUAUCUUGUCAUAUUGUGUUUUCAGUAUUGAUCCAUAAUAAGAGUUUGAUAUCUUUAUAUGAAAUAAUGACCACCUGUAUGUUAAUAUUUAUUUGACUUGUCAUGCAGUACUGUAUUCUUAUCAAUAAUGUGCAUUAUGAUUAGGGGUCUUGAUUACAACUACAACCGGUAAAUGUCAUAUGCAUGUUUAUCAGCCAUGGAACCUUUACACAGCAGUGAAAACAAACCGGUGAACUUUUUAAAGUGUUGGAAAAUAAGACAAAAAUUAAGUGAGAUGAAUCUGAUGUAUUACUGCUGAACUAACUCAAAUGAAAGUGUUUGGUUUGUUUUCCAGCUUGGAUGUGGUAGGAACUGUGUAAAGGUAGUCAUGCUGGCUAAAAUCAAUAAAAGUGACGUAAAUCACA